GGAGGAAUCUCCUCCACUCACUGUUGCGCUGAUGAGCCGCGUAACGCAGCGCGCUCAGGUGUUCGUCCGCGGAAGUAGUGCGCGCGCAGCGGUCAGCAGCAGCAGCAGCAUCGCGUGCUCACUUCAGUCAGAUUCAGAUAGUGUGGAGCUCGAGUCCGCAACCCUCGGGCUCAGGCAUGCUCGAACUACCAGAGUAAAUGGCGUCUUUCAAAACGGAUUUAUACCAGCGUCUGCUGCUUUUUGCAGUAUUUCUGCCAAUCUCAGGUGUGAUGUGUUUCAGCGAGCUGUUUUUUAUAAAGGAGCCUCAUGAUGUGACGGUUAUGAGGAGGGACGCUGUGGUUUUGGACUGUCAGGCCCACGGCGAGGCUCCGAUCGGCAUCCGGUGGCUCAAGAACGGAGUGGUGCUCACAGAGUCGGAGCGCGUUUAUCUGCUCACCAAUGGCUCUCUGUUCAUCUCAGAAGUGGAAAGUCGUAAGGACAAAUCAGAUGAAGGUUUCUACCAGUGCCUUGCCCAGAACAAAUAUGGAUCUAUUCUCAGCCAGAAAGCCCGCUUGACUAUCGCAAGUUUAUCGACCUUCACUCAGCAGCCUUCAUCAAUCAUGGUUAUGGAGGGAUCCGUCGCACGAUUCACCUGUAAAAUCACUGCCACGCCCCCGCCAAUCAUCACCUGGGAGUUUAACAGAGUCACUUUACCACUGGCCACUGAAAGAAUCACAGUGCUGCCCAGUGGCGUUUUACAAAUUCAGGGAGUUGAACGGACCGACGCUGGGAGUUACCGCUGUGUGGCGACUAAUAUCGCCGCCCGACGCAGGAGCUCCGAGGCCACGCUAACUGUGACCGCAGCUCCGUUUCCCAGAGUUCCUCAAAGGCCUCGUAUCAUUGCUGGUCCGCAGAAUCUCACUGUGGCGGUUCACAGUACGGCUCUGCUGGAGUGCAUGGCGACCGGAAUUCCUCGUCCGCUGAUCUCAUGGAGCCGGGCCGACCAUAAAUCCAUUGACGUUCACAAAACGAAGGUUCUUGGCAAUGGAAACCUGCUCAUAUCCGAUGUUAAACCCCAACAUGCUGGAAUCUACUAUUGCCGAGCCACUACACCUGGAACCAGAAACUACACGAUCGCAGCCGCUAAUAUAACUGUGCUAGCGCCUCCAUCUCUUGUGGAGUGGCCGGAAAGCGUGACCCGACCCAGGGCCGGUACCGCCCGCUUUGUGUGUGUGGCGGAGGGAUUUCCCACCCCUCAGAUCACAUGGCUGAAGAACGGUGAACCCGUUCACUCAAACGGACGUAUCAAGAUGUAUAACAGUAAACUAGUGAUAAACCAGAUUAUUCCGGAAGAUGACGGCAUAUACCAGUGUGAGGCGGAGAACGAGCAGGGUUCAGUUCUGGCCAUGGCUCGUCUGAUCGUAGUGAUGUCGGACAACCGGCCGAGCGCGCCCAGAAACGUCCGCGCCGACACCGUGUCCAGCUCGGCCAUCUUGCUUGCCUGGGAGAGACCCAUGUACAACUCGGACAAGGUCAUCGCCUACUCUGUGCACUACAUGAAGGCAGAAGGUCUAAAUAACGAAGAGUACCAGAUUGUUAUCGGUAACGAUACCACCCGCUACAUCAUUGAUGACCUGGAGGCCGGGCGGAACUACACCUUUUACAUCGUAGCGUACAUGCCCAUGGGUGCCAGUCGCAUGUCGGACCACGUCAUACAGCGCACGUUUGAGGACGUUCCCUUACGCGCUCCUGAGUUGAGCCUCACCAGCCGCAGUCCCACUGAUAUUCAGGUGUCGUGGCAGCCUCUGUCUCAUAAGCUGAGUCGCGGUCGUGUUUCUGCGUACCGCCUCUCCUACAGGACCAGCACGGAUGAGACGCUGACACAGCUGGAGCUCUCGGGACACAAAACUCAUCACCUUCUGGAGGGUCUUCAGCCCGACACCACAUAUCUGCUGCGUGUCGCUGCUGCAACCAGUGUGGGCUGGGGAGAACCAUCAGCCUGGACGUCACACAGGACACCGAAGACUUCCAGCACCAAAGUGCCUCUGGCACCAGAGCUGCAGCUGGAGUCUCUGAACUGCACAACUGUCGUGUUACGUUGGCAUCUUCCAGCGGGAAGCGGCACUGGACUGCAGGGCUACAAACUAUCAUACCAUGAAGAGAGCCAACCAGAAGGACCCCCGACCCAGAUUCCCCCACACCACCGCCAGCACACCAUCGGAGGCCUGGACCCCAGGAAGAAGUACCAUGUCAAACUCUUGGCCUACAGUUUAAAGGGUGACGGGUACCAGGCGGACCAGACCAUCAGCACGCCGGGAUGUGUUUCGGUCCGUGAUCGUCUGGUCCCGCCUCCUCCGCCACCUCAUCACGUUUACGCCCACAGUAACUCCUCCUCCUCCGUGUUCCUGCACUGGGCCCGACCCGCCUUCACCAGCGGACAGACGGUCAACUACACGGUUCGCUGUAACCCUGUCGGACUGCAGAACGCCUCGCUGGUGCUGUACCUGCAGACUGCGACCCAGAGUUUGAUGGUCAGUGAUUUGGACCCGAACACCAAUUAUGAGUUUGCCGUUCGUCUUCAUGUGGAUCAGCUUUCCAGCCCAUGGAGUCCUGUGGUUUACCAGACCACACUACCUGAAGCUCCCACUCGAGCUCCGGUUGGGCUGAAAGUCACUCUGAUUGAGGGAGACACGGCACUGGUGUCAUGGAAACCUCCGGACGAGCCCAACAUCGCCGUGACGCACUACACCAUCCUGUACGCAUCACGCAGAGCAUGGGCGGCUGGAGAGUGGCAGAUCCUGCAAAGAGAAGGGAGCGUCACGAUGGCCCUGCUGGAGAAUCUUCAGUCUGGUCAGGUGUACCUGGUGAAGGUCUCGGCGUCCAAUCAGAUGGGAGAUGGGCCGUUCUCACCUGCUGCAGAACUGAGCGUGCGUGAAGGACACGCCUCCCGAACACACGGCUCCACCCACGCCACAGUGUUUUCUGAUGGUUUUUAUCACCUGGAUCAGAGGUCAAUGACAGGUAUAGUGGUGGGCGUGUCUAUCGCUUUAACCUGCAUUAUCAUCUGCGUCCUCAUACUGGCCUGCAGGAGUAAAACCAGGAAAUCCAGCACUGCCAAAUCCAUGAGGCAAGCAGGAGGACAGACUCCGCCCACUGCUGUCCGCAUGGCCAAUGAGAGUCAAGCUGAGAGUGUGGAGGUGAUGAUGCCCAUGAUGAGAGAUAAUUUCAUCGAUGCAAAGGGCGGAACAAAUCUGAUCAUUAACAGUUACGGGCCAGUGAAGCACACCACUGAGAAGAGGAGAAUGAAGAGAUGGAACUUCUUUAAGAGGGAUGACAAGGAUGUGAAGAAAGUCUCCAGUCCUUCCUAUUCCUAUCAUCAGGGCGCCGUCCUGCUGUGUUAUACGGAAACGUCGCCUCCACACCCGCCGUCCUCUCUGCAGGGCCUGUUUGGACCGACGGGGGGCGACAGCGAGGGCUCUCAUUCCAGUGAGGGCAGCCACGAGACGGGCGACUCGGGACGAUACUCUCAUGACGAUACGGAGGCGACCAACCUGUCUCUGGGUGUCGGCAGUCGCCCGGCUUCCCUGCAGGGCGAGGAGAGCGAGGCGUCGGAUGAGGUUACAGAGAAAGAGCCGAUGACGAAGGUGACGGAAACCACGCUUCAGAUGGAGCCUCAUUCUGUUUAGCAAAAACCCUCGUGCUCUCUGGCGCCCCCUGCUGCUUAAACGGACUACUGAGCAGGAGGCGCUUUGUGCUGGACGACCCGAGACGUCCACACAUGUCCCGCUUUCUCGGUGAAUGUAUUAUUUGUUUCUCUCUUCUUCUUUUCACUUUUAUAAAUGAUUGUGUGUCUGAAAGAAACUAGAAUCUCACCCACCAUGAAUGUGUUCAAAAAAACGUCCAAAAAUGUCUGACGUAACCUCAUCGAGAGAACGCGGAAAAGCCUCUCUCGACUUCCUAAUCUACCUCAGUUUACCUACUAAAUAUUUAAUAUCCACUUAUACACUCGACAACAUUUUUUCCUUUUCAUUGAAUUUUCGAGUUUGUGUGUUUGUCUGUGUUUAUCGUUUGUUUAGUCCUGAAGUAUGGGAUUUCAAAAGUGUUUUACCCAUCCUGACCCGGCGUGAUGCAACAAAUCUGCUGUGUGACAGAACAUACUUAGUGUUUAAUAUGCAGGACUUAGGACCAAUAGGAUUUCACGGUGGGCGGAGCUACCCAGCUCAUUAAAUCUCCUGCUGAACCUGCUGUGACACAAUCACAGCCAAUCAGAACAUAGUUGCUGUUUAAUAUUCAGGACUUAGGACCAAUAGGAUUUCACGGUGGGCGGAGCUACCCAGCUCAUUAUAUCUUCUGCUGAACCUGCUGAGACACAAUCACAUCCAAUCAGAACAUAGUUGGUGUUUAAUAUUCAGGACUUUGGACCAAUAGGAUUUCAAGGUGGGCGGAGCUAUCCAACCGCUCAUCAAACUUUUUUUCAAAAUCAAAACAUCAUCAAAAACAGUUUUAUUGCAUCACGUAUGGUUAGGAUGGUGUUUCAUACCUACCUCAACUUUCAGUUGAGCGUUUACGUCGGAUUGAGUAUUUUGUCUUAUUUGUGAUUUGUGUGUAUUUUUGCUCUUAUAGUCCCUGUUUUAUACUACCUCAUUUUACCUUUUGAUUUUUGCAGUAGCUGUGUUUUUAUUUUCUUAUCUCAGGGAUCAUUUGAAAAGCCAUGUGUUUUGUAGUCACAUGGUUUGAUCGACAGGGUAUCUUCCUCGAGUCCAAGGGCGGUUGACCCGUACUGAAUGUGUGUGAUUGUCGUGGAGAUGGAUUUCUUUUUUUUCCGUAGUUCAUUUCUUCCUGUCGUCUUCUUCUUUUGAGUACGAAAUAACCAAAAAUGCUGGAACUGACGUUUCUCAGUUCAGCAAAACCGAUAGCUUUAAGUAAUGGCCUUAACGUGUGCAGAGCUGCGCAGAAACACCAUCAAGAGAUUCAGUUGAUUGCAGUCUGAGUGAAUGUUCUAGAAAACCAAAAAUAAUAAUCUGAAAGAACGGAAUGAUCAUGAAAAACCUUUAUGCCUCAAAAGAUAUCUAUUUUUCUUGAUAUACAGUAUAUGUACUACUGAGUACACAUUUUAGUUGCUUUAGGAUUUAGAUUUAGGAACAUGAGUGUAGCACUUGUCUUUCAGAUUAGUUUGGAGUUGUUUGUAGGUCACGCAAGCGAAUGUGCAACGGUGACACGCCAUCAUCUGCAGAGCUGUUUGCGCUUUCAUUUGUUCUUGUUUGCGGGUCUUUGGGAUGAUAAGAUGACAAUGAGAUUAAACCAAAGAUGUUUCACCCAGAGACCAACGAACGCCCGUUUGGUUGGGGAAAAAAAAGCUGCUUUAGAGAAUAAUCCUGUGAUCAAAUGAGGUGAAAGUUCAGCAUUACACAUCUCAUGUGUGUCAUAUUUCACUUCAAAAUCAAUAGAAAAAUAAAAAAUGUAAUUUUGCAUAAGAAACUAAUUUUGGGACCAUUCAAAUUAAUUGCAUGAUAUUAAUGUCAGGACAAUUAAGCACAUUUCACCCCCAAAUAUAUUAUUAUAUUAUAUUAUAUUAUAUUAUAUUAUAUUAUAUUAUAUUAUAUUAUAUUAUAUUAUAUUAUAUUAUAUUAUAUUAUAUUAUAUUAUAUUAUAUUUAGUGCUGCCAAACAAUUAAUCUCAAUAAAUCGCAUCAA